AUGGCUGCUGUCGUCGACUUAAAAGUUACUGACGCUACUGGAAGCUCCAAUAUUUCGCUAGUGUGUGCCAAAACACAAGUUGCACCACUGAAACCCAUAUCAAUACCAAGAAUGGAGCUCAAUGCCGCUGUCUUACUCGCUCAACUGGUACUCUACGUCAAGAAAGUCUUGAAACUUGAAAAUGUACCAAUAUUCUUGUGGGCAGACUCCGCUGUAUCCUUAACGUGGAUACGAAACAACCCAGCUAGAUGGAAAGUCUACAUUCGCAACAGAGUUACCAAGAUUCAAGAAUCGCUACCAAGUGUCAACUGGGAUUUUGUUCCUAGGAAACUUAACUCAGCUGACUGCGCUUCAAGAAGUUUAACAGCAGCCAAACUAGAACAGCAUUUGCUAUGA